AUGCCAUCUGCAACAUUUGCCGAGCUUCCCACGCUCUCUCCGGGCAAGAAGCGAUCUCGAAACGAGAAUGAAGAGCUACAAAUGCCAAUUUUUGCCCACGCAGGCAACGAGGCCCAUGCCCAAGAUAAGCUCGGUCGCCUAGCUUUUCACAACAUCAGCAACAAGCGAUCCGCAUCCAGCUUUGCCGGAGAGGUUCAGAGAAAGAUUCUCCCGCUGCCUUCCAGCAAGCGAGCUCGAGUAUCGGAUGAUGAAAGCGAGGACCAUGCACACUAUGGCUCCUACAAGGAUGAUAUACAACGCAACAACCAUGCUGUUCUGAGCAAUUAUUCGACACCACCCAUCUCGCCACAGCUCCGACCUCAGGGGUCAUACCAACAGGUCCCCGUGAGGCAGACUCUCGACCCUUGCCACAUAUGCCACCGCAAGCCUACGCGCAAGUCAGAUCUGGAUUCUUUUGCCGAUUGCCACGGAUGCGGACAGAGGACUUGCUAUGUCUGCAUCAGACAGUGCCAGGGCUGGCUACCCAACGCUGGAGGAGAUAAUGAUUCACGACAACGACGACACACCAUUUUCCGAGAGGAGCAGCAGCAACACCAACACCAACAACCAGAGGAAGACCCGCUUUCGCGAUCAUUCACAAUGCACGACGUGGACGAUGGCGAACGAGAACAAUGGACAACUGCGUCGCUAUACCACGCCAACAACAGCAACAACAUCAGCAGACGAGACCCUUCGCACGACCAUGAGGUGGGAUGGAAGGGCCAUGCCUCGGUCAUUUGCAGUCGCUGCUGCAUAGAACGCGGCAGCGAGGGCGAUGUCAUGUGUCUGGGCUGUCUCGCUGGCGUAGAGGGCGCUUGA